AGUUUUUCAGUCCAGUUGUCAACAACAUGAAGGAAAUUCUCCUGAUCCUAAGUCUCUUCUAUGGUUUAUCUGAGGAACGAGUGGACCCUCCCGUGCCCCCAGGAUAUCAUAAUUGUGGAUACCAGUCGUGUCAUGCUUUAAAAGAGGGAUUUAUUAACGUCCAUAUAGUACCUCACACCCACGAUGACGUUGGAUGGCUAAAAACAGUCGAUCAGUACUACUAUGGAAGUAACACGAAUACUCAACGGGCUGGAGUUCAGUAUAUUUUGGAUAACGUUAUCGAAUCGUUGACAAGGAAUAAAGAGAGAAGAUUUAUUUACGUGGAAACCGCCUUUUUCUGGAAAUGGUGGAUCAAACAACACGAUAUCGUCAAAUCUAGAGUGCGCAAGUUAGUAAACAACGGCCAACUUGAAUUUAUCAGUGGGGGAUGGAGUAUGAACGACGAAGCAGUGACGCACUAUCAAUCUAUCAUUGACCAAAUGACUUGGGGACUCAGGAAAUUAAAUGACACUUUUGGCGAAUGCGGUAGACCAAAGAUCGCGUGGCAAAUUGAUCCUUUUGGACACAGCAGAGAAAUGGCGAACAUUUUCGCUGAGUUGGGUUUCGAUGGUUUCUUUUUGGGGCGUAUCGACUACCAGGAAAAGACCCUCAGAUUUAAAACGAAGUCACCGGAAAUGGUUUGGAGCGGCAGUGAUAGUCUAACAAAUGAAAUAUUUACCAGCAUUUUAUACAACAACUACUCGCCUCCACCCGGUUUUUGCUUCGAUAUGCUUUGCAGUGACGACCCUUUUAUUGACGAUAAGAAGAGUUUCGAGUAUAAUGUGGACAAAAAGGUCGAUUCUUUUAUCGAAUAUUUAAACAACAUGACUAAUGUCUACAACACGACCAACUUACUAAUAACCAUGGGAGAAGAUUUUAACUACCAGGACGCCGACAUGUGGUUUAAAAAUUUGGACAAAUUAAUACUAUACGUAAACCAACGUCAAAAAACCACCGGGUCCAAAUUUAACCUAAUUUACUCGACCCCUUCCUGCUACGUCCACGCCAUCAACAGCGAAACCAAAGGCAAACAGACCUUCUUGGUAAAAAAAGACGAUUUCUUCCCAUACGCUUCUGAUCCUCACGCCUUUUGGACCGGCUACUUCACCUCCAGGCCGACGGUUAAACGAUUCGAACGGUCCGGAAAUAAUUUCUUGCAGAUUUGCAAACAGUUAUACGCCCUUGCGAAUCUUGGACCAGAAGACCGGGUGGACCUAAACGCCCUUAGGGAAGCCAUGGGAGUCAUGCAACACCACGACGCCAUAACUGGCACAGAAAAACAGCAUGUGGCCUUCGAUUAUGCCAGACAGCUUCAGCGGGGUAUUGACGAGUGUGAGAUUGUUACAACUGCUGCCAUUAAGAAACUAUCGAAUGUAUCUGUUGAGCAGGAUCUGGCUUUGAACACUUGUCCUUUGUUGAAUAUUAGCCAGUGCGAACACACGGAAGGAAAUGGGAGGUUUAUUAUUACCGUUUAUAACCCACUGAGCAGUUUGGUGAAUACUGUGGUUAGAGUGCCCGUUACUGGAAUGGGUUAUGACGUAACUGAUUUUAAAGGUUCAACUAACUAUGAGUCAUUCAUAAUACCAAUACCAGAAUUCGUCCAAACCAUACCAGGUAGAGUUAGCGCAGCUACCAAUGACCUCAUUUUCUCAGCGGAAAUCCCGGCCUUAGGUUGGAAAUCCUUCCUGGUGUCGCCUAACAACAAUUUCAGUCAAAUGGCAUCUUCCGCUGCAGCGUCACCGCCAUCGGUGGAACUUGACUCAGAAACAGGACUGGUUAAAUCCGUUAAAUUCGAUGAUCAAACUUACCCGUUGAAACAAAACUUUUACUACUACAAGGGUUUCGUAGGUAACAACAAUGAAUUUAAGAACAGAUCUUCUGGAGCAUACAUCUUCAGACCUGAUGGCGAUUUAAUUGAAGCCUCACCAAAAGCCAGUUACAAGACUUACUCAACUCCCAUAGUAGCUGAAGCCCAUUUAACAUUCAACGAAUACAUCCACCUAAUUAUCAGGGUAAACAUUAUAGAUAAUAAUGUGGAAUUCAGUUAUGUAAUUGGACCUUUACCCCACGAUGGCCCCAAUGGGUUAGAAGUCGUAAGCAAGUAUACCACGGACCUUCAAACUAACGGAACCUUCUACACAGAUUCCAAUGGGAGGCAAAUGUUGAAGAGGGUGAGAAAUUAUCGUCCUGCGUGGGAAAUUCAGUUGGAGGAGCCGGAAUCUGGUAACUAUUACCCCGUGACCACCCAAAUCGGUAUAAGGGAUGAAGAGAGAGGAUUGGAGUUGGCGGUGCUGGUUGAUCGGGCUCAAGGCGGAACCAGUUUGAAUGAUGGGGAAGUGGAACUUAUGGUUCAUAGAAAUUGCCUGCAUGACGACGCUUUCGGUGUGGGUGAAGCACUAAACGAAACAGCAUUUGGAAAAGGUUUAGUGGUCAAAGGUUCCCAUUACCUUAUCAUAGGUAAAACAAAUGGCACUGGUCAAAACAGUAUGGCAGCUAUGACCAAGGCCCUCGCCCAAAAGAAACUUCUGGACACCUGGACCUUUAUAACCCCCCUUAAAGAUGGUGAAUCAGUUCCAAAUAACUUAAAAGAACAAUUCGCCGGAUUGCAAUACAAUCUCCCAGAAAAUAUUCAAAUCUUAACCCUGGAGCCCUGGAUUGGCUUUAGUUUCUUGCUGAGGCUACAGCACGUCUUCGAAAAAGACGAAGAUCCAAUACAUUCCCAACCGGUUGUGGUACCUUUAAAAGACCUUUUUGGUACCUUCGAAAUCACUUCGGCCAGGGAAACGACCCUUGGGGCAAACCAGUGGUUGGAGGAUAACGACAGAUUGCAGUUCGAUACCGAAGGAAGAAUUGAAGAUUUACGAUACGGAUUUAACAGUAAUAUGUUUAAAAAUAGAAAUUAUAAUUUUGUUAAAAGACAGGUGACGGUAAAUGCGGAUUCUCUUGAAGUCACUCUGCAACCUGGUCAGAUUAGGACUUUUAUUGUUGAUAUUCAAACCAAAUGAGGUCGUUUAUAAGAUUUAAGAUUCUUUGUAAGCAUGUAAUGAAGGGGUAAAUAAAUCAAAUGUUUACUUAAAUACA